UCGGUGCCUUCGUGGCACAGGAUGAGGACAAAGCCUUUUCUGCUGUCGCUGUAGUAUUAAUUCCCUCACUCGUGGAAACACUUCAGAGUCCGUCAGUCAGACAGAAAGACGGUUCCUCCUCUUCCUUUGCGUCCAGGGAGCAAAGUACAGUAUCGGAGGCCAGACGCUCCUUGUACUGUGAGAGGGAAGGUCUGAUCUCAGCAGGCGGACUGAAGGAGAGGAGUGUCUCUACCCAUUUCACCGCCGUUUCCACUCGGCUGAAUGGAGAUGGUCUAAAGCGCCGUCAGCAUCAUGGACUUCAACGUAAAAAGACUGGCGGCAGACGCCGGCACUUUUCUGAGCCGAGCGGUGCAGUUUACGGAGGAGAAGCUGGGGCAGGCCGAGAAGACGGAAUUGGAUGCUCAUCUGGAGAAUCUUCUGACCCGAGCAGAAUGCACAAAACACUGGACAGAGAAGAUCAUGAAACAGACUGAGGUUCUGCUGCAGCCAAACCCUAGACAGAGAGCCCAGAAUACCAGAGGCAGAUCCAGUGGGAGAAAAAUAGAAAAACAUCUUCCUUUUCUUUUUACUGCAGGAAAUGCUCUUAUCAAGUGUGGAGAGACCCAGAAGCAGAUUGGCAGUGCGGAGAGGGAGUUCAUACAGAGCUCGGCCAUUAACUUUCUUACCCCAUUCAGAAAUUUCCUGGAGGGGGAUUUCAAAACCAUUUCAAAGGAGCGGAAGUUGCUGCAGAACAAGCGCCUGGACCUGGACGCAGCGAAGGCGAGGCUGAAGAAGGCGCGGGCGGCAGAGGCCAGGGCAGCAGCGGAGCAGGAGCUCAGGAUAACGCAGAGCGAGUUUGACCGCCAGGCUGAGAUCACCAGGCUCCUGCUGGAGGGCAUCAGCAGCACCCACGCGCACCACCUCCGCUGCCUGAAUGACCUCGUCGAAGCGCAGACCACCUACUACGCACAGUGCUACCAGUACAUGGUGGACCUGCAGAAGCAGCUCGGGAGCUUUCCAUCCACGUUUUCCUCCAACAACAACCAGUCCUCCUCCGGCUCGGCGCUCGGCGUCUCCGUGCCCACACUCCCCGUCUCCCUGCCGGCGCCGGGCCUGGCGCCGGCCGGCCCGCUCGGCUCCUCGGGCUUCAUGGAGCUGCAGGCCUGCAGCGGCAGCAGGAGGGCGCGCGUGCUGUACGACUACGACGCCGCGGGCAGCAGCGAGCUGUCCCUGCUGGCUGACGAGGUCAUCACGGUGUCCAGCGUCCCGGGAAUGGACUCGGACUGGCUCAUGGGCGAGAGAGGGAACCAGAAGGGCAAAGUGCCUAUUACCUACCUGGAGCUGUUGAACUGAGCUUCUGCGCGGGACAGGGGGGCCUACUCACAGCUGUGAUUUCAUAUUUAUAUGCAUUUAACUUUAUAUGAAGCAAUUUUAAAUGUCUUCCAUUCUUCCAUGUCUUAGCGAUGUUGCAGCAGCCAGCGCCGAAGACUGUGGGUUCUCUGGCAGAGAGCUGCAAUAAUAAAUAUCGCAGACCAGAAUAACUUCCAGAAUUCCAUUCAGGGCUUCCGAUGUAUGUGUGCCAAUGAGACUUUUCCAUUUUUUUUUUACUGAGCUCUUCACUAACUGCGAAAGUCUGCCUUUCUGUGCUUUAGUGCUUUAAAUAAAUGUAUUAUUGUCAAGUGUU